AUUCACCUGAGCACGGUAAAUUAACUUUCUACAUAAACCAUACCUGCUCGAAUUUCCUCAAAAAGAAGAAAAUAAUUCUUGUGUGUGUUUUCAACUAUGUCCAAAAGUAUUCAAAUUAAUGGCAUGUGGAGUAAACUCUCCCACACCCUAGAAAACCACAAAAACACCUGCAAAGAAUUAGCCGUCAUCAAUCAUAGGCUAGUGAAGCAAAUCCAGUACUAUGAGACAAAAGCAACUCACUUGUCCAUGUUUUAUGUCAUUUUCCUGCUCAUCAUUUUCCUGUCAAAUUCAAAACCCUCACCCGUUCAAUGUAAAAACUGGUGGAAGCCUUUCUCCCUUUCCAUUUUGGUUGCUCUUACAUUUGGUGUCAACUUCAUAUCAACCGUACUUAAAAGUAUUCACAUAAAGAAUGCUCUAGACAUGAACUGGAUCGACCAAGGGCUGAGCAUUCAAAAGAUGGCUAACCUAGAGCGAACAGCAAAAUUCGAAGCAGAAUUCAUGGACCAUCAAAGGCGCUGCAACCACGUUGUCAAAGUUGAACCACACUCAACGGGUUCAGAUACAGACACUUCAGCCCAGAAAGAGAACUAUGUUCAAUUGCACCAUGUUAAAAGUCGUGUUGAUUACUCAUAUACUGAUACAGAUGCAGAAAGUUCAGUCAGUACAAUUGAGGAUUUGCCUAGAACAUACUCAACCCUGCAGCAACAAGACGUGGAUAGCAUUACUGUCUUUCAACAGUAUGCAAAAGUUGGAACAACUGUUUCCUUCUUGCUAGCCUACACAGUUCUGGUAUUGUAUGGAUGCCGCUCUUCUGUUUGUGAUGGUAACGCAUAGUUGGACACACAAGUGAACUGGUAAAGCUCCCGUUAAUUCCUGAAUUAUUAACAAAUACUCGAAAUAAUUAGAGC